AUGGGUAAGUUGCAAGAGCUUCGCGAGGCGGCCGGCCUGACUCAGGCCCAGUUGGCAAAAGCGGCCGGCACGUCUCAGCCGCAGAUUUUUCGUUUAGAGAAAUCGAAGCGGACACUGUCGAAGGAUUGGGCUGAACGUCUGGCGCCCGCACUCAGGACGAGCCCAGCCGCGUUGAUGUUUGAUCAGGCGGCCGCAACAGGGUUGCCGAUUGUGGGCGUGGCGCAGGCCGGUGCCUUUCGCGAGGUUGCCGUCUUCGACUACGACGAAGACGAUCGCCCCAUGAUCGCUCUCGCGCGCGACUUCAGGUUUCCAGACGCGAGCCAAUACGCACUUCAGGUGGCUGGUGAAAGCAUGAACCGGCGCUACCCAAACGGGACAUUCGUCAGCUGCGUUGCUUGGGCAGACACUGGCCGGAUGGACCCGGUGCCUGGUAUGUGUCUGCACGUAGAAAGGCAUCAGGGGCCUUUGGUCGAGGUCACGCUCAAACUCUAUGCAGAGCGAGACGGCAAGCGAUGGCUGGAACCCGACAGCACCGACGGUCGAUUCAAGCCGAUCGAGAUCAACGGCGACGACGGUACAGAGAUCGUCGUGAAGGGGCUCGUAACGGGCUCGUGGCGACCUGAAACUUUCGAUUGA